AUGUCGGAUCUCAGCGACGAGUACCUCCUCGACGACGAUGUCGAGGAUACCAUGGACGAGGACUCGACAUACGGCGACUUCGCUGGCGACUCGGAUGAGGAAGAGCAAGAUGAGGAGCUUGGCUUCGGCGUAGCCGAUGACGCUUUCGCCGGCGCCGAUCCAGCAGCCGAUCGGGCAAAGAGCUACGAGGUCGAGUACAAGUCCCAUACGGUCGGCUCGAUCGAAGAAGCACAGCAGAAAGAAGUCGAGCACGUCGCCAGCAUGUUCAUGAUCAAAGACACCGACGCGGCCAUCCUGUUACGUCACUUUGGCUGGAACAAGGAGCGCCUCAUCGAACGAUACAUGGACUCACCGGACAAGGUCAAACUCGAAGCUGGCGUGCUCGAGGAUCCAUCGCGACCCAAGCUCCAGAUGCUGCCCGAUUUCACCUGCCAAGUGUGCUUCACAAGUUCGGGCGAUGAGCCGAGUGGCAAGAUGGAGACGCUGGCGCUUGCAUGUGGCCACCGCUUUUGCCGCGACUGCUAUGGGCAAUACUUGGGGCAGAAGAUCCGAGAAGAGGGCGAGUCGAGGCGUGUCCAGUGUAUGCGCGAGAAGUGCAACCUGGUUGUGGACGAGCGCACUGUCGGACUGGUUGUCAGGCCAGAGGUGUUUGAACGCUACAAGAUCUUGCUCAACCGCACCUAUGUCGACGACAGCGCCAUCCUUCGCUGGUGUCCCGCGCCCAACUGCGAGCUUGCAGUUGAAUGCCACGUCUCGAACAAAUCGCUCAACAAGAUUGUUCCUUCGGUAGCAUGCGAUUGCGGCCAUGCUUUCUGCUUUGGCUGCGGCAAUGCAGCUCACGCUCCCGCCAUCUGUCCCGUCGCCAAGCUUUGGCUCAAGAAGUGCGAAGACGAUAGCGAAACAGCCAACUGGAUCUCUGCCAACACGAAAGAGUGUCCCAAAUGCACGUCGACCAUCGAAAAGAACGGUGGAUGCAACCACAUGACUUGCCGCAAGUGCAAGUACGAAUGGUGCUGGAUCUGUGCCGGACCCUGGUCGGAACACGGAAACUCGUGGUACAACUGCAACCGAUACGAUGAGAAGAGUGGCUCCGAAGCACGCGAUUCGCAGGCCAAGUCAAGGGCUCAGCUCGAACGAUACCUGCACUACUUCAACCGAUAUGCUAACCACGAACAGUCGGCCAAGUUGGACCGUGAUCUGUACGGGAGGACGGAGAAGAAGAUGGAAGAGAUGCAAAUUUCCACUGGGUUGACGUGGAUCGAGGUGCAGUUUCUGAAGAAGGCGGUGGAUACGUUGACCGAGUGUCGUAUGACGCUCAAAUGGACGUAUUGCAUGGCGUAUUACUUGGCGAGGGACAAUAUGACUGAGUUGUUUGAAGACAAUCAGCGUGAUUUGGAGAAAGCGGUGGAGGAUCUCUCAGAGCAGCUGGAGAAGCCGGUGGAGCCAAAGACGAUUCCGGAGUUGCGCCAAAAGGUGACAGAUCUGACGGUGUACGUGCAGAAGCGUCGUCAAAUUCUGCUGUCAGAUACGGCAGAAGGGUUCCAGGAGGAUCGAUGGCAGUGGAAUGUUUCCUUCUGA